GCCUUAUAUGACCACGGCUCUGACCGAUUGCAAAUCGCCAUGCAUCCCAAAAGUUCUGUGCUCCGCUCAAAAUAGGUGAUCUCGAUCAGGCAUUCCAUCCGUGGUCUGCAGAGCAAUGUCGAAUCAAUCUGUGUUCGUGCGAGAGUUCGCUGAGGUUGACCGCCUACUAGUCCGGCUAGAACGCAACCUUGAAGAUGCAAAACUUUCCCUGAAGCAGCAGGAGACGUUGCUUGGUCAGAUUAAGGUGUACGGCCGCAAUCCUGCGACUGCGGGCCCUAUCCUCACACAAAAGGGUCUUCGAAUACUCUCACGUUAUGGACUCGAUAGUGAUAGCUCUCCUUCUUCACGGGAGGCAUUACGUUGCAUAGCGAAUGCCUUUCUGCUGAACGAGUCGGCUAGGCAGACUUUCGUUGACUUAGGCUAUGCGCCGCGGCUUGCCGAACGGUUAAAGCUCGACAGCAAUGAUGAAGAGUUCCUCGUGUCCCGAAUGCUCUUCUUACUAACAUACAGUACCGAUGUCAGCUUCCAGGCCUUGGUAGAUAAGCACUCUCUAGCCGAAAGCAUCAACAUGCAAGUUGAGCGGCACGCGAAGGCUAUUUCACCAGACAUGAUCGCAAACAGUGCUCAAAAUCUUGCAGCAGAGGAUGCUGCACUCACUGAAACGCUUAAGCUACUAUUCAACCUGACGUACUACGAACCUGCGCUAGCUGCGUGCUUCACGCCAUCAGUUCCGUCAUUGAUCAAGCUGAUCUUGCACCAUCCACUGCCGGAGCCACCAUUACAGCCUCCAAUUUCCCAGCUUCUGAACGCCCUUCUGAACCUUGACUUUAACCCUGCGACGACGGGAGCGACAGCUGAGUACGAGAGCCAGAAUCCACUGUUUCCGUUGGCAAAUGCUGAGACGGUCGUGGAUCGCUUGGUGGACAUCCUGGACCGGACAAUCAGAGUGCAGCCGGAGAAGGAGCUCGAAAUCUCCGCUGCACCCCUUUGCACGCUCAUCAGGCGUGUGCACGAGUUUGCUGAGCCAGCUGUUCGUACGUUCAUGCGCACGCGCUUGCUGCCACAGCAGCAUGAACGCGAAAAGCCACUCGGCCAAGGGGACACGCUGCCCGCACGCCUUUUGCGGCUCUCAACUUCGCCGAACCUGCCUACACUUCGCGACAACGUCUCCAAUCUACUGUUUGAGCUGAGCGACAAGGACCCGAGCAAGUUCGUCAACAACAUAGGCUACGGGUACGCAUCAGGAUUCCUUGUAAGCCACGGUCUUGGCGUGCCUCCUGCGACCACGAUGACAGCUGGCGAGGGUGGCCAGACGGCUGCUAAAGCUGUGAAUCCGUUCAACUCUAUUACCGGACAGGAGCUGUCCGCGGAAGAACGGGACAGACCGCAAGUCUCAGAGAUGACUGAUGAAGAAAAAGAACGUGAAGCAGAGAGACUUUUCGUGCUGUUCGAGAGGCUGAAGGCUACUGGUGUUGUGGAUGUUAAGAAUCCAGUACAGCAGGCCGUGGAAAAGGGGAGGUUCGAAGAAUUGUCAGAUUAAUCUUGUCGGAAGAAUUGUCAGAUAAUGCAUGUCGUGCUGUAUUGAGGAGCUAGGUGGCCUUGAGUUCAAGGCGAGGUGUCUCACAGCUCCAUACUACAGCUCCGUACUAUUGCAAGAAACUAUGAUCACGAGGGGACAUUGUACCUUUCUCAAGGGCGGACACUGGCGAACGAAAUUGCCAGGCAAAGAUUAAGAGGAUGUCACAGUCUUUGCACAGCAGCUGCGCAUAUGCUAUCAGGGCGCCAAUGCGCUUCGUUUUAUGUGCUACCAUCCUAGCGUGACGCCACCCACGGAGGCGUUUGCUGUUACUCUUCCAUCAUGUACUCCUGCCAGAGGCCCUUGCCCUUCUCCAUGAACAACCACUAAUGCCAAAUGUCCGUAUUCGUGCAAUGCAAGCCUUGUACACUGUCUUCCAGACGAUGUCCCCG